AUGUUCUGGAGCACUGGGGGCCAGGUGAGCGGCUGGAUACACCGGCCUCAGCAGCGCUGCGUGCAGGCAGGGCUGGUCGGGUGGUCCACUGACGACGACGCCGCCGUGCCCGACACGGUGCCCAUGCAGGCCGCCCUCGCUGCGGCCCGCGGCGGCGCCAAGCGGCUCCCGGGGCCUGCCGGCGGCGUGAGCGGCAGCUGGGAGCUGGGGCAGCUCCCGCGGUUCAAAGUCUUCGAUCUCGGCACAUCCGUGGUGUGGCCUGCCUGGAACAUCGGCGCCCGCGCGGCGCGCCCGAGCCUGAAGGGCGCCUCGCCCGGCUGCUGCGGCGGCGGCGGCGCCGCCGUCACGGCCGCCGGCGCCAACGGCGCGCCGGCGGCAGCGGAGCAGCUGGAGCGUGACGCGCAGCAGAGCACGAGGACGUGGCCGGGGGCGAUCGAGCCGGCCGGCGAGAAGGAUGGGCGGGGGCGGCGGCGAUUCAAGUACAGCAAGCCCUAUUUUAUGGUGCGCCUGUACCACAUGUACUGGCUGCGUAGGGGCGACGCGUACCGCCUGCUGUCAAGCCUGGCGCGCCACCUGGACGGCCGCACAUGGCCCAUGGAGGACAUGGAGGAGGUGACCCUGCUACUGGCUUUCCUCGAGCACGCCACCGGGCGCCGCCGCCGCCUCAGGGCAAAGUUCGUGCCGCGUAGCCAGCUGGAGCCGCCCCUGAAGCCUGAAGACACCCACCCGGCGUCGGCGCCUACAGCACGCCUGGCGGCGCGCGCCAACGGGCGGCAGGCCUCCCUCAAGACGGCCCUGCCGGCGGCAGAGCGCCCCGACCAGGCGCCGCCGCGGCCCGACCAGCUCGCAGCUGCGACCGCGCACGACCCCUUUGCGGCCCCAGACCUGCAGCGUCAGCCGUUCUUCGGGCUCGCCGGCGCCGCGCCUGGCGCCGCGCCCACCCCGCAGCCGUCGCUCGCGGAGCCGGGGGCGCCGCCGCCGCGGCCGCCGGCCGCCGUUGGGCUGCGCCCGGCCGCGCCGCCGGAGCGGCAGCACGUGCUUGGGAGCAGCGCGCCUGUGAGGGGGGCGUUUGCCGGGCAGCUGCUGGCCGAGCCGCUGCUGCAGUCGCUGCUGGGCCGACUGGGCCCCGACGCGCGCGCCCCGUCGGCCGCGGUCGGCGGCCGCCUGCCAUCUGUCGUUUGA